AUGGCUUUCGUGGAGACUAACCCAGAAAAACUUCGAGAACUUACAGAAGAAGCAAAAUCCAAAGAGAAUAAAGAUCUGGGAUUUUAUCCGUCUGCUGUUGAUGCCGCUGAUAACUGGAUAGCUAAGUUUUUUUCUCCGAAGGAUCCCUUUCACUCAGGUGACCACAGAAAGCGAAUAUUGUAUAUGGAAAAGGUCCGGAAGCAGAAGAAUUUCCCUCCAAUGGAUCCUCCACCCUAUUCAAGCCUUGAUGCUGUCGCAAAUUAUACCAUCAUGCAUGAACAUCUGCGCCUGUGGGUCCACAGAUCUCGAUCCAUACUCCAGCGACGGAGGGCGAAUACCGAAGGCCCAUGA